UAUUAUAAACCAUUAGACUAGUCUUAGAUAACAAUCUACUAAAGAAAGGCAACUUAAAGUAUACGUUCUUUAAUUGUGGUAGAGAUUUAUAAAGAUUUGGAUUAGAGAAAAUUACUUAGAAGAUUGUGAAGAACAUGGGGUGAAUCUUAUACCAUUCAUGAAAAGAACCAAAAAAGAAAAAUUGGAUUUGGAAAAUCUGAAACAUGACAAAUGACAUUAAAUGUGUAGACCACUCCUGAAAAGAACUUAAAAGGAAACAUUGGAUUUAGAAAAUCGUGAAACAUGACAAAUGACAUUGAACAAACAGGCCAAAGCAUUCUAAAUGUGUUUGGCCUUAAAAGUACUCUCAAUGACUUUGGAGAAAUUUUCUACAACAUCUUUCUCUGGGCUUUAUUCUCCUGUGUGCUGGUCCAUGUAAUUGCAGCAGCCAUUGCUUUUUGUCAUCUUCGGCAACACAAGAUAGGCAGGUGGAUGCCUAUUCUGAUCAUUGUAAUGGGGUUUCUGUCCCCAUUGACUGGAGGAGCCUUAUCAAGUGCUGCCAUAGCUGGAUUUUAUCGUGGAUCCGAUUUUCCUCUAGAACCAGAAUUUGCCAUGUGCUGGGGAGUGGGACAAACUGUUGUUCUGGUUGUUGUCUCAUUUUCCAGAAUAUUACCCUCCAUUUAAUCCAUCUCAGUUAUCUAGAAUACUUUUACCCUGUAUCUAGUCUAACGUGUCUCCAUUAAAGUCGAUAUAUAUCAUAUUUCGAAAAAAUGUAUCUUAUGCCCUUUAUUAUUUGUCCAGGCAUAAUAAUUAUUGGUUGUCAUAAUUGAUUUACAUGUAUGUUUAGCUUUGUAAUAAAACCUUCAUAUAAGAUAAAGUAUUCAGAAUAAAAUUUUUAUAGUACAUGUAUGUUGUAAACACUUGUGAUGAUUUGUGCAUGA